GAAAGAAAGAAAGAAAGCGUCAUUCGCGUGCAGAUAAUCUUGAGGAACACUGCCGACGGUAGCUAAGCGAGAGUGAAUGUACGGCUCUCAGUUGGCACACUCAUUACUCCUCCGAAAAAUACUGACAGCUUUCAAGAGCCACCGGGUUUCUUCAGACUAAUUCAGGUGAAGCUCAGUGGGAAGGAGCCGUCCGCCAUGGAGAACACUCACACGAAGACUGUAGAAGAAGUUUACAGUUAUUUCUGUGUCAAUGAGAGCACAGGACUUUCUCUGGACGAUGUGAAGCGGCAGAAGGAGAAAUGGGGCCUAAACGAGUUACCCGCAGAAGAAGGGAAAUCUUUAUGGGAGCUCGUCCUGGAACAGUUUGAAGAUCUGCUCGUUCGAAUCCUCCUCUUAGCUGCGUGCAUAUCUUUUGUCCUGGCUUGGUUCGAGGAGGGAGAAGAAACAAUCACAGCGUUUGUGGAGCCUUUUGUAAUUUUACUUAUUCUCAUCGCCAACGCCAUCGUGGGAGUGUGGCAGGAACGCAAUGCCGAGGACGCCAUCGAGGCUCUGAAAGAGUACGAGCCAGAGAUGGGGAAGGUGUACCGGCAGGACAGGAAGACCGUGCAGAGGAUCAAGGCCAGAGAUAUCGUACCGGGCGACAUUGUGGAAGUGGCUGUUGGAGACAAAGUGCCUGCCGACAUCCGCAUCUGUUCAAUCAAGUCAACGACUCUGAGGGUAGACCAGUCCAUCCUGACAGGUGAAUCUGUGUCUGUCAUCAAGCACACCGACCCCGUCCCGGACCCUCGAGCCGUCAAUCAAGACAAAAAGAACAUGCUCUUCUCUGGCACCAACAUCGCCGCCGGGAAGGCCGUGGGCGUUGUCGUGGCCACGGGCGUCAACACGGAGAUCGGGAAGAUCCGCGACGAGAUGGCGGCCACGGAGCAGGAGAAGACGCCGCUGCAGCAGAAGCUGGACGAGUUCGGCGAGCAGCUAUCCAAGGUCAUCUCCCUCAUCUGCAUCGCCGUGUGGAUCAUCAACAUCGGCCACUUCAACGAUCCCGUCCACGGUGGCUCCUGGAUCCGCGGGGCGGUCUACUACUUCAAGAUUGCUGUGGCGCUAGCCGUCGCCGCCAUCCCUGAGGGCCUGCCUGCCGUGAUCACCACCUGCCUCGCCCUGGGCACCCGCCGCAUGGCCAAAAAGAACGCCAUCGUCCGCAGCCUGCCCUCUGUGGAGACCCUGGGCUGCACCUCCGUCAUCUGUUCGGACAAAACCGGCACUUUGACCACCAACCAGAUGUCUGUCUGCAGGAUGUUCAUACUCAACAAAGCAGAAGGAGAAAGCUGCUCUCUGUCAGAAUUCACCAUCACAGGUUCAACCUACGCACCUGAAGGAGAAGUUUACCACGAUAGCAAACCAGUGAAAUGCUCCCAGUAUGAGGCUCUGGUGGAACUGGCCACCAUCUGCGCGCUGUGUAAUGACUCCUCUCUGGACUUCAAUGAGGUGAAGGGUGUGUACGAGAAGGUGGGCGAGGCCACAGAGACGGCGCUGACAUGUCUGGUGGAGAAGAUGAACGUCUUCGACACAGAAGUCCACAACCUGUCCAAGAUCGACAGAGCCAACGCUUGCAACUCGGUGAUCAAACAGCUGAUGAGGAAGGAGUUCACCCUCGAGUUCUCCCGGGACAGAAAGUCCAUGUCCGUCUACUGCACCCCCAACAAGUCCCGCUCCUCCGUCGGCAAGAUGUUCGUGAAGGGGGCCCCGGAGGGCGUCAUCGACAGAUGCACUCACGUCCGAGUGGGCAACACUAAAGUCCCCCUCACUCAAGGCAUCAAGGAAAAGAUCAUGUCCGUUAUUCGCGAGUAUGGGACAGGUCGGGACACGCUGAGGUGUCUGGCUCUGGCCACACGAGACAGCCCCCCUAAAACAGAGGACAUGCUCCUGUCCGACACCACUAAAUUCUCAGAGUAUGAGUCCGACCUCACCUUCGUUGGCUGUGUGGGCAUGUUGGACCCGCCCAGGCAGGAGGUGGCCGCUUCCAUCAAGCUGUGCCGCCAGGCCGGCAUCCGGGUCAUCAUGAUCACGGGUGACAACAAGGGCACAGCCGUGGCCAUUUGCCGGCGCAUCGGCAUCCUGAUGGAAGACGACGACAUAGAGCACAUGGCCUUCACCGGGCGGGAGUUUGACGAACUGACCCCCUACGCCCAGCGGGAGGCCGUGACCAAGGCUCGGUGCUUCGCCCGCGUCGAGCCCUCCCACAAGUCCAAGAUCGUCGAGUUCCUGCAAGGAUUCGAUGAAAUAACCGCCAUGACGGGGGAUGGAGUGAACGACGCACCCGCUCUGAAGAAGGCAGAGAUCGGCAUCGCCAUGGGGUCCGGCACGGCCGUGGCCAAGUCGGCCUCAGAGAUGGUCCUGGCAGACGACAACUUCUCCUCCAUAGUGGCUGCUGUGGAAGAGGGCCGAGCCAUCUACAAUAACAUGAAGCAGUUUAUCAGAUACCUUAUCUCCUCCAACGUGGGUGAGGUUGUCUGCAUCUUCCUGACCGCCGCUCUGGGUUUCCCCGAGGCUCUGAUCCCAGUUCAGCUGCUGUGGGUCAAUCUGGUGACAGACGGCCUCCCCGCCACCGCGCUGGGCUUCAACCCCCCGGAUCUGGACAUCAUGGAAAAGCCGCCCCGUAACGCCAAGGAGCCGCUGAUCUCUGGCUGGCUCUUCUUCAGAUACCUGGCUAUUGGAGGUUAUGUGGGCGCUGCCACUGUGGGAGCUGCUGCCUGGUGGUUUACAGUCUCAGAGGACGGCCCACAGCUCACUCUCUACCAGCUGAGCCACUUCCUGCAGUGCAGCCCUGAUAACCCCGAAUUCGAAGGCUUGGACUGCCACGUGUUCGAGUCGCCUUAUCCGAUGACCAUGGCUCUCUCCGUGCUCGUCACCAUCGAGAUGUGCAACGCUCUGAACAGUCUGUCAGAGAACCAGUCCCUGCUGCGGAUGCCUCCCUGGGAGAACAUUUGGCUGCUGGGGGCCAUCUGUCUCUCCAUGUCCCUCCACUUCCUCAUCCUCUACGUGGAGCCUCUUCCCGUCAUCUUCCAGAUCACCCCUCUGGACACCACCCAGUGGAUGAUGGUGCUGAAGAUCUCACUUCCUGUCAUCCUGCUGGACGAGCUGCUGAAGUUCGCCGCCCGGAACUACCUGGAGCUGGGUAAACAGCUGGAGAAGCCGUCCCAGGGAGGCUGCCCCCUGUCUGCAUGCGCUGAGGGCGUUUCCUGGCCCUUCGUGGCCGUCGCCCUGCCCCUGGUGCUGUGGAUCUACAGCACAGACACUAACGUGUCCGCCAUGUUGUGGCCCUGACUGACUCCGGCACACUACCCCUCCUGCACACCAGUGUGAAGUGGACGUUAACACACACCUAACAGUUACAUUAACUCUGAAUAACUCAUCGUAGACAUCUGCACCUGCUCUGACCACUGUCAGAUAUGUUCUAUUUACAUUUCCACUGAUAAUUUUUUUGUUUUGUUUUUUUUGCGGGGCGAGGGGUUGGUAUUUAGUCAUAUUUUAAUGACUGAUAUUACAUCUGCUAUUUUCCUACCAGGCUUCUCCCAUCUUCGAGCGCCAUAGUGACCAGUUAGAGAAGCCUGUGAUGUUGGAGCUUUGUGUUUUAGCUGUACAGAGAAUUUACACUAUUUUCUAUUAAUGUUUUGUAAUUUUUAGGGAGGGAACAAAGAGUCUCGGUGUGUGAAGAGGACGUGUGAUUGUAACACCUGAAAAGUGCAGAGCUGAAAGGAGGGCAAAGUCUUGCAAUAUAUGAAUCUCAGUUAUUAUUGAACUCUGUACACCUUCAUUAUUUUUCUGCACCAGGCAGAGCGCAGCUACCUCAAUGCUGUUAUUAUGACCAGAAGUACCCGUUUUGUCUAAACACCAUUUCAAAGGUUAUCACUAAAAGUGUUGAGGUACGUACCACUUUGUUUUGCGGCGCACAUGCUCACACAACUUAAUCUUUUUUUAUAUAUAUAUAUAUUUGUUUAAAUUUAUUUUUCUGUUCUAUUUUAUGGAGAAAAGGACAAAAACGUGUUACAAGUUUAUUACACAGCAACUUUUGAUACAGCCUGUUGUUAAAUAUACAGACGCAGACAAUAUAGUUGGUACCCGUGGUAAAGAUGUUUAAAGGGCCAGUAUGAUGUGAAAUCAACUUUUUUGAGCUUUACAUCAUGUUACAAUAUUAUUCAAAAACACACCUGGAGUGUUGCUUUAAUUCUUUCAUGCAUGUUUUGAAGAAUACUUUAAUCUCCCGUGGCAACCAUUCUGGUUUGCAAAAUGCCUAGUCUCAUCUCGGCUCCUUCAGACUAGCCAGCAGCAAUUAGCAAACACCUGGCAGAACUGCACGUCUGCUAAGCUCAUCAUAGGAGCUAGCACUGAAAAAAAAAUGUUAAGGGGUUCAUAAAGGGUUAAUAGAGAAACAUUGUUUUGAUGACUUCCUGAAUGCGUAGUGCCGGAAAGAGCUGGAGCUUCUUAAAGAGACAUAGGCCCAUUUUCAAGGUGUUAAUUGGCGAAGUCAAAUUUUGUGAAAUGUCAUUCCUAUGAAAUGAUGCUGUAUGUCUGGAAAGUAUAUAACACUGCCCCUUUGAAAAGCCUUAAAAUGAAUUCAUUUCAUUUGAGUACAUUUAUUCAGUGGGAUAUCAUGUUAAGAAAUAUUUUUGGGCAAAGUUCCGCUUACCAAUCCCUUCAGAAUAAAUCUAUCUGAGGCAUUAUUUUAAUUUACACUUGAUGUGAAUUUACACUUUAUUUUAGUUUUGUACAUAAAUUAAUUAGAGGUGCACCGCUUUGCAGUUUUUUGGCCAAUCAGCGAUCUUUAAAAAGACUGACCUGACGGUGCCGGUUUUGGCUGAUACCAAUUUUUUUUCUGCAUUGUUGCUAAAUAUAGCAACAAAGUGGCGUAUUUCUUUUAGCCAAUAGGCUGAAUGAGGAUACUUGCUUUGACUGGCCACCACAAACGGUGAGCAGGAUGGUUAAGAGCUAACACGUGGACUGUUGAAGUUGUGUGCGGCCCGGCGGGGUCACACUGCCCCCACGUACCUUCUUACAAACUUUUUUCUUUUGUGUGUCGUUUUGGGAACCGACGGUCCAACCGUGACAUCUGCCGCAUUCCUCCUGAGCGUUGCGCUAAGACCUCAGGAGCGUUAAAGAACUUCCUGCUGAACAAAUGUACUCAAAUUAAAGGUUAGAAUUUUCAAAAAUGCCCAACACCUCCCACGUUGCUACAGUAAAAGUAAAAUUCAUCAGUGGUUCCCAAAGUGGCUCCUGGAGGGCCGGCAUCCUACAUGUUUCAGUUCUCUCCCUGGUUUAACACACCUGGCUCAAAUGAUGGCUCAUUAAAGACCUAAGAAGAACACUGACAUGCUGAAAAGGUUGUUACUACAACCAGGGAGAGAACUAGAACGUGCAGGAUGCCGGCCCUCCAGGACCCACUUUGGGAACCACUGCAUUAGAAUGUUUUUCCACACCUCCUCACCAAAGUACCAACACAUUAUUCUGUCUGUAUAUACCUGAAGAAAACUUUUUGUCAUCUUCAGCUUUUCUUUAGAUUCUUCCUUUAAUCCUACUGUUAUGAUUUUAAUAUGUGAGUAUCCCGCACAUACUGUACUUGAAUAUGUAAAAGGAAAAAAAAGCACCAAGAAGCUGUUAGUCUUAUGACCAUAGCACAACAUGAACAUUUUAAGAAAAAAAGACCAAAAAAAAAAAAAAAAGGACUCGUAAGACUGAAACAGUUGAUGUAUAUCUGUACAUAACAUACAAAGUAGAGUGUAUGUAUAUUUUAUUUGUCGAUGUCAUAAAGCAGCGACACUAGAGUCUCCUUCCGGUGGGGACGGUUAGCGCCUCUCUGCAUGCCUGCUUCACUCCAGCGCUGGUUGUGGUUUUGUUUUGUUUUGUUUUUUUUUUUAGAUCAACCGUCGGGAGUUUUACCCGCAGAGUGAGAACUCUCUAAUCAGCAUGCCGACUACCAGCUCAUCUUCAGAAAAAAAACCUGUCUGUUCGUUACUGCUGUAUGUAUAUUAAGGUUCAACAAGUACAGAGGGAGAGUGAAAACUGAGAUUGUAUUGUGAAAUGCCAUCAGUGCCACCAAGUGCCAGCGCCACACUGACUGGAAACCUUUUCUGUUUCCAGGCUCAGUGUCGCUGGUGCUGGUUGUUUUUGAUUGUAGACUGGCAGAAACAAGUGCCCAUAUAUUAAUACAGGAUAUAACUUUGAUACACUUUUUUUGUGUGUGUGUUUUUGUCGUGACCUGCAUUGGGUCCCAUCCUAUCUGAGCUUCCCACACAUGAUUUCUGCCGUCUGAUUCCUCCUUUUCUUCUUGUUUCCUUUCACAGGAAAGGCCCAAUAAGCCCUCCUCUACGCUUUUAUUAUUUUAUUUUUUUUUGUUUUAUCUUUCCAGAAACUUUGGGUUUGGUUUUUGUAGUGUGCAUGUGUGUUUUGGGGUAGCGCGUCUUUACAAAGAGCUGCCUGCAGCUGCGACGUGAAGUCCGUGGCUAUAAACGAACGUCGGUCAGAAAGCAGUCGGCCCCGUCUUCCUGCAUGAGGAGCCUCAGAUGAAAGAUUUCUCCCUCCAUCUUUGGAAGCUGAUAGAAAACACUGUACAGGUCAUUCAUUUCUUCAUGCUGCAUGUCAGCUGCUUCAUCAGAACCUUCUAAUCAACAGUGUGUAGUAGUAGUAAAACAAUCGAUUAGACAUUCGUCAGAUUACUACAAAUGUUAUAAAGCUUAAAAGAUUUUUUUUUUUUCUAAGGAAAUACUUUGAUGGGACAUUUAGCAAAACAAAAACCUUGCAUUUUUUGGGGCGUUUUUGUUUGCUUUGCACUGAGACGUGCAACAUGUUGGGAGGAUUUUUUUUUUUGUGCCAUAUCUGGAAAGGGCGGCUGUGCAGUGAUGCAUAAUGUUUUACUGUAAGUACGUCAGGCACUGGCGUUUCGUUGCCAAACUGCUGUACUGUAUUUUCAGAUAAUUGUACGAUGUAUCACAUGGACCGUUUCAGGUAAAUAAAAAAAAAUUACUGUCAUACAUGA